UUAACUCAGAGCCUAUAAAAGGAGGGCUAAACUCCUAGUAGAUUAUCCGUGUUAAGGUCUUCAUAGAGCACUAGAAAUUGCAAAGAAAGUCAAGCCAGUAGACAAUGCUGAGGCUUGUAACAUUUUGUGCUUUGGUUUGGCAUGCAUCAUCAGCAACAGCUCCAGUACCACAGCAAGUGGUACAAUCCUGGGAUCGGAAUGCCUGUUCGCUAGUUGUGUGUGGACCAUCUGAAAGAGGGUUACCAGGGAGAGAUGGGAGAGAUGGAAUCCAAGGGCCAAAGGGGGAACAGGGAGCACAAGGACUGCAAGGACCAAGAGGGAUACUUGGUCCUCCAGGAAAAGUGGGCCCAGCUGGACCAAUAGGACAAAAGGGGACACAAGGGGAGAAAGGACUAAAAGGAGAUGCUGGAGAGAUGGGACCACGAGGAGUCCAAGGUCUGAAGGGUCCUCCAGGAAGUAUAGGGCCUAUUGGAUCAAAAGGUGACACUGGCCCACAAGGUGAAAGAGGUGUAAAAGGAGAAAUAGGUCUGAAAGGAGCCACUGGAGCCCAAGGUCCCCAGGGCAAAACAGGGGCCCCUGGCCCCAAAGGUGAUCGAGGGCCAGUGGGUGAAAAGGGAGCAAAAGGAGAUGUAGGAGCCAAGGGGUUACAAGGAGCCACAGGACCACAAGGGUCUGUGGGGAAGACAGGCCCUCCUGGACCAAAAGGAGAGAAAGGUUCUCUAGGUGAAAAGGGUACAAAGGGUGACAGUGGUCUCUCAGAGGUCAACCUUAUGAAAAGACAGGUGGCUGCACUCGAGGGACAACUAAAAGCCCUACAAGCCAGUUUCUCCAAGUAUCAAAAAGUCGCAACAUUCCCAGGUGGCCGAAUUGUUGGCAACAAAGUGUUUGUAACCAGUGGCUAUGAAGGCAACUUUGAUGAUCUGAAGCAGAGGUGUCAGCAAGCUGGCGGCCAGCUUGCUUCCCCCAGGAAUGCUGCUGAGAACACUGCAAUACAUGAGAUCGUUGUUCUGUAUAAGAAGUCAGUGUUUCUUGGGAUAACUGACAUCCAGACAGAGGGGAGAUUUAAAUACCUGAAUGGUGAGGCCAUUGUCUACUCCAACUGGCAGGCGGGAGAACCCAAUAAUGAUAAGAGACAGGAGAACUGUGUUGAACUCUAUUCAAAUGGCAAAUGGAAUGAUAAAUCCUGUGGGGAAAAGAGGCUAAUACUCUGUGAAUUUUAGCCCAUCCAUCAUACAAUGUUCAACCUAAUUACAUUGAGGCCCACAAAUUUUAUUACUCCAUUUACUUUUUAUCAGUAGGUAUUAAAAUAAUAACAAUUUCAUUCAGAUUCACAAAAUUCCAAUGAAGUUGGUUGUUGGUACAUGUAUAUAAUUAAUGUAACCAUUAAUGUAGAAGGGCCUCUCUUCUACUAAAUAGUGAUGAGUGACAAAAUCAGAACCUUGCUGCAAAAGCCAGUUCAUCCAUUUAGCCCCUUAAUGAAGUCCAAUUGUAUUACUAUGCAUUGUAUUAUAAUAAAAUGUCCCUAUUUUCUUGAGAGGUUCUAGGAGAAGAAUUAUGAAGCCUAAAUCCAAUUGCUAAUCACAACUAAAGGAGUUCUAUUGCAUCAAUGAUAACUUGAUCUAUCAACAUUUUUGCGCGUUUUGUUGUUUCUAGUUGGUACUAGCAAUUUUGUUAGGUCUAAUUAAUUAAAAAGGAAACUGAUCUUUCUGAAAACAAGCAGACUCGAAUAACAAACAUCAGAUCUCCAGCAAAGAACAUGUGAUGUGGAAUUCCCAAGGCUUUACCCACUGAAAAAUGUUUUCCAGUUAGAGUGCACAUUUAUUUUCACCUUUGUGUUAUCUCAUCUUCUGUCAACAUUCAGAUUGUAAACUGUUUGGAGAAGGGCCUCUCUUUUUUUGCCUAUCACUAUUUAAAGUAUGUGGGCUGGAAUCCUGUAUCAGCUACUUAGUGCCAAAGCACACUGCAGAAAUAAUCCAGUUUCAGACUGCUUAAACUGUGCUGCCUCAGUGCUAGGGAAUUCUGGGAAUUGUAGUUUUGUGAGACAUUUAGCCUUAUCUGUCAGAGAGAGCUGGUGCCACAACAAAGUACAAUUCCCUAGCAUUGAGCCAGGCCAGUUAAAGGGGUCUCAACGUGGAUUAUUUCUGCAGUGUACUUUGGAUCUUAGUUAAAUAGUGUCUCCUGAACCAACUCCCCCAAACCUGAUGGAAACACGAUUCACCCAUGCUCCAAUUGCCAACAGAAAGGGUCUCCUUCUCCCCAUGUAGCUGAUGGUUCAUAAAGUAGCUUGGAGGGGGGAGUUACGAUUGUGACAGUGAUGUCAAAGUCAUGACAAGGCAGUAAUCAUGAAUACAAAACAGUUAGGUGAGUGUUUCAUAUUCAUAAUCACUAUUAAGUCAUAAUUGUGGCACUAGUGUCAUGAUCAUAACUCCCCACUUCCUAACCUAUAUUACCAGCCAUCAGCUGCAUGGAGAGAUGGAGAUCCAUUCUGCUGCUCAUUGGAGUGUCAGUUAAUAAUGUUUCUGUCAGAUUUGAGAAGGGUCAGGCCACAAGAGGUUACUUAUUUAAUUACACCUAACUAAGUAACUGACACAGGGUUCCUGCCAUUGUUAGGAAAGGGGGGAAAUCAGUAGCAUCAAUUCUCAUUUCAUUUCAUUUCAUUUCAUGGAAUUAAUUAAAGCAUGUUUUCAGAAAGAUAUGUAAGGUCUCCUAAAUCUAAAAUCUAAAAAAAUGUGUGUAUCUGUUUGGGGUGCAUCAUUUUAGAUAUGUGUGUGUUGAUUAUUACUUACAUAAUAUAUUUUUGUAUUUAUUAUUUGGGGAAAAGGUUCAUUAAAUACGAUUUUUCACUAGUAAACAGAAGUAUUUUUCAUUAUAUGAACACAAUGUUGCUAUGAGUGUUUAUUUGAGGUGGA